AACUCCACGGACUCAGUGCCCUGUGUCAUUCGCUCUUUGAUCGAUCCACUAUAAUAGCUCUAUAGAUAACCCUAUGGCGCGUCUAGUUAAAUCAACUUUUUUAAGUGCUUUAAAGAAUUUAAAAAGUCAAGUUCGAAGAUCAAGUUUUUCAGCGUCAUAUACAGUACACAAGGAUUAUCUCCAAUUGGUAUCUGCUGCCGGCAAGAAGAUCGAAGUUGAUUUUUUGUGGCUCAGGGAUCAUUGCAGAUGUUCCCAAUGCUACAAUGCAGCUACCAGCCAGAGAUCUUUGCCCUUCCUGUCCAUAUCAGAAAACAUCAGACCACUGUCGUGUGAUAUAUCGUCAGAUUUCACCAAUUUAAUUAUCUCUUGGCCCGACGGACAUACAUCAAGGUAUGCGCUAAAUUGGCUGUGUGGUCUUUUGGAGCCAAAUUUGAGAUUUAAAAAAUUAAAUAAAUUAUUUGAUUUGCGAAAACUGUGGGAGGAUGGCAAAAAUCCAACCCUACCUAGAAUUGAUUACGUUGAUCUAGUAGAGAAAAAAGAGGAGGCUUCCUUAAAAGAAGCAGUUUUAUCUCUUUUAGAGUAUGGGAUCGCUUCAAUUAAUAAGGUGCCUUCUACUGUUGAGGCAACGCAGUUGGUCGUUGAAAGGAUUGCACCUCCGCAGCAGACUUUUUUCGGAGGCAUGUGGGAAUUCGGUACAAAAAUACAUAAUGAAGUAGCCAACCACAAGGACACGGCUUACACGAGUGACGCACUCGACCCCCACAACGACUCAACCUACUUUACAGAAUCCACAGGGCUUCAAGUUUUCCACUGCCUUGAGAGGUCCAAAAAUUGCCGAGGCGGAGCUACCAGAUUGGUUGACGGAAUGGCAGCAGCAGAAUAUUUGGCUCAAGAUGAUCCAAAUGCCUUUAAAAUUUUGUCCGAAGUAGCAAUUGAGUCGGAAUACAAGGAGCCUGGAAAACAUCACGUCGGCCGCCAACCAGUCAUAGUUUUGGAUCCGAUUACUCAAAGAGUUAUGCAAAUUAGGUUUAAUUUGUAUGACCGCUCGGCUAUGUGCACUUUGGACUCCCCAAAAGCUUUCAGAGAAUAUUAUUUGGCUUUGAGAAAACUUUCGAAUCUCAUGCUCAGCGGUAGAUUUGAAAUGCAAGUGGAAUUAAAUAAAGGAAACGUGAUAAUAAUAGACAACUGGCGCGUUCUGCACGGAAGAACAGCGUUCACAGGUCAAAGACACAUGACCGGAUGUUACGUCGCAAGGUCCGAGUGGCUCAGCCGAGCGCGCCUUCUUGGCUUGAUAUAAUUUUAAGGUUGAAGGGUGUAUGGAAAAUAAAUAUGCAUGGAUAUAUUAUGAAAUAGCAAUUUCUAUUGCAAUGAACUUCCAAACAAAAUUGGCAGAAAUCAAUUUUGUGUCUGGUAAUUGUGCUAAUUUGAUGACUCGGUUGGUUAUCUCUCGAUGAUUGGAAUGAACAACACAAAAAUAUAUAUGAAUGACACAACAUAAUAAUGAAUAAAAAACUAUCUAUCGGCUGAAAAUGCUGCCAAUGUCCGGCUCUCACCAGCUAUGCACUUUCCCUAUUUCACUAUUCUUCGCAAAUGCAACUAACGCUGUGGAGGUUUGGGUUUGUUAAGGGUAUGGGCAGCGAUGGAUGCAUUUCUUUACAUCAUGCCUCCCAUUCCGCCCAUGCCACCCAUACCUCCCAUUCCACCCAUGCCUCCCAUACCACCGU